AUGACAGGGAAGCCCAGGGUCAACAGGGAACUCUCAUCGCAGCUCAAAAUGGAUGCCUUCUGUCCAUAUGUUUCAGUCCUUGAGAACCUCCCAUUAUUCAGGGUUCUCCAAUCAAAGUCAGGGGAUAAACUGGCUGCCCUCAUCCGUAACAAGUUAAUUUCAGUCUCCAAGAUAAGUGGUGGCCAUUGGGAAAAUUUUGCUGAUGCCGUCGGUCUGAAGCAUGAGGAAGUUAUGUGUAUUGAGAACAUGUUCAAGGAACGCCCUAUGAGCUUGGAAUUAGACCAACCAGGAGUGAUAUUGAAGUGGAUGGCAAAAAAAGGCAAGACCAUGAUGGACUUACUCACUGCUCUUCAUGGCAUCCAAAGAGCUGAUAUACUCAGGAUAAUCUUUCCUGUUGUCCAAGAUGUGAUAGGAGAAUACAGGUCUCUGAGUGAUUAUGACUCCAUGAGGCCAGUUGAGUGCUUGGAGAAUGUAGCAGUUGCAAAUGACAAGAAGAUAAUUGCUCAUGGCAUUACUUGUAACUCAUCACCAGAUGUGAUGACACAUGAAAGUUUUACAUUUGAAGUUGGGAAAGAUAUGGAACCUGACUUUGCAUCUGGAAUGGGUGAUGCAUAUUUGCAGAAGUGGCAGAAGGAAAAUGUCCAAGAGAGGAUACCCAUGGUGGAGGCAGAGAAGUUAGGACAGAAAGCAUUCCACAAGAGGAGAGUAGUUCUGAUCACACAUGCAGAUGAUGGCUUUGAGGAGUGCUUGUCAGUUGCACGUUUUCUCAGGUCUCAAGAUCCUCCUAUUUCAUGUCUGCUAAUCCAUGAGCUUCAUGUGGAGCAGUAUAUGGAUGCUGACCCUGUUGGUUGCAUCAACAAAUGGUUCCAACAAGUGGACUACAUCAUUCCCUUAAUCACCCCUGGAUAUGUACGCAUCAUUUUGCUGCCUCAAGGGACUUUCUUGAGUCCAUCAGAGCAAGUUGCUAGACGAAUUUACCAGUUGAUGGACCAAGAUGUACUUCGAAAGGGAAGAAACUCUCGUGUGAAGCCUCUGGUACCCCCAAAUUCCUCCCAUCUUCAGCAUACCCACUCUUCUAUCUUUUGUUCCCCCACUUUCUGCAACUGGAGGUCUACAGGAAAACUUGAAAAUCUAGUGAAGCUCAUGACUGGUUAAUUAUCUUGAUUCAUCCUCACCUCUGCUAGCAUGAUGGAUAUUAAUCAGUGAUUACAUGAUUGCUAAGAAGGAAGAUCAGGUUGGGUCAUGUUGGUAACAGUACUCGCAAGAAGGGGAAGGCUCGCUUAACUCUUUAAGCUGAUCCCAUGUAUGCUUUUGUACCCAUGGCAGCAGGAUUAUUGUGAUCUCAAAUGAUAUACAUAUUGUUUGCCUAAGCUUUCCUGCAUGACAUGGAAAGUUGCCCAAAUAUGUCAUGGGUGGGAAAUAGAGAGGGGAACGAGGCAGGGUGAAGUUGUCAGAACUGCUUAUUUGUGGAAAUUGAAUUUUUUUAAACAUAAUAUAUGACUGAUGAAACUCUUGUCUUCCUGGUAUCCCUGGUUUAGAUUAUAGUUUGAUGAUGGUUUACAUGAAAAUUAAGUGUUUGGGACAUACCCCUUCUAUGGACUUGUAC